AACAAUCCCCGCUGGCCGGGGAAAAAAAGGAAUAGAAACGCUCGAAUCUGCAGACUGCACUCUCCUCCGCGCCAGACGUUCCGGUCGAGAGAGUGAGUGGGAGCAGGAAGAGGAGGAGGAAAAGGAUGAGGAUGAGGAGGAUGAAGAGAAGGAGGAGGUUCGACCGAGUGGCGUGCCGCGGACGAUUGAUGACUCGUGACCCACUUUCUGUGCCGGUGACCCAGAUGUGAGGGUGCCUGAUGUAAGAUAUCGCUCUUUCCUACCUACUCUCUUCUUUCCGCUUCGUCCGAUGCUGCUCUUCCGCACUCUCUCCGCUCUCUUUUUCUCUGUCCCGGGCUCUUGGUCUGCCUCGCGGCUGACAGUAGACAGUAGUGCCGACCCGGUUAGCGCUUUGACAACGAGUAUUUCUUUGUUCUGAUUGUUGAUGGAAAUUUGAGUUUUUUUCCACACGAUAAUAUCAAUGAUAUCAUUCUUGUUAGGUAGGGAUUGAUACGUGUAACAUCGUCGAAUGUCAAUUAUUAGUUUACAUGUGAAGUCUAAUAUAGUGUAAUUACAGUUUUUGACUCUUCUUUGGGCUAAUUUGGCUUCACUUCGGCUUCAAUGAUAUAUGCGUCAUCUCAUUAUAUAGGGAUUGGUAUAUGUAACAUCGUCAAAUAUUGAAUAUUAGUUCUCAUGUGGAGAGUCGAAUAUAGUGUACAGAAUAAUUAUAGCUCUGGGCCUCUUUUUGAAGUAACUUGGUUUCACCUUGACUUCAACAAUGUACAUCAUUUCGUCAUAUAAGGAUUAGUAUGUAGGCUAAUAUCAAUCUUAAAUAUCAAUUAUUAGUUUACAUAUAGAAUCUGGUGUAAUAUACGAUGUAAUUAUAAUUCCGGAUUCUUCUCUGGGGUAGCUUGGCCUCACCUUUGCUGGAUGCAAUGGUUACUCAGCUCGCGCUAUCCCGUGCGCGGAAUGACAGCGAGGAUGUAUAGCGAGGCUCGUUGGCGCUGAAUAUCGUGAACUACUUCCAAGUUGGCUUAUGAGGAUUUUCAGACAAACUGAUCGCUCCUUAUUUCAGGAACGAUGUUCGCCAAACUACGAAAAUCCACUCAAAAGCAGACGCGUCCUCCAGACGUGUUACUUAAAGCUAGCUCGAAUGUUUGUCUUUUAAAGCGAAGAUUCGUGUUUGUAGGUUUCUAUUUGAACGGUGCAAGCUCAAUGUGACGGUACUUUGUGUCAUUUGACGUUAUAUCACACUGCGGACUAGCAAUAUAAACUUUUUUGCCCGCGGAGUUAGCUGAUGUUACGUCUCGCCAUUAACCUGAGCCGUCCAUAUAGACUUUCCGAUGAUUAUCACGACGUGAGAAAAUCUGAGUGUUUUUCGUCGCUGUUUCGUGAUGAAUUUGAGUGUCACCACUUAAAAGAUGAUGCAACCUCUGCAGAUCGAAUGACAAAAUCGCUGUCAAGUUUAUGUGUACACCUGUCUAGACGAGGAUAACGUCGGGCCGUCGUUUUGCGUGCGAGAAAUUAUUACCGUCAGGUAAUUUAAGCGAAGUGCAUUUUAAACGAGCGACUUAUCGCCCGAUGAAUCAUCGACGGCGAUCGUUACUCCAUUUCUCGCGCAUGAUUCAUCGUAGAUAGACGACGGUGAUAUCAGCGGAACUCGUUACACUUUAUCAAUAUUAUCCCAUGUAAGUUGACGCGUCACACGCAGAAAUAGUAAUACUGAUGGAGAACGGAAUUUACGUAACCGCCGGGGAAUUCUUUCCGCUGCUCCAGCAUUUCAGCCGUGUUCUUUUGAUAUUUCUACGAAUUUGAAUCGCUCUUCUUCUUCCACUUUCGCCGCUUUUUAAAAGUUCGAAUCUUCUAUUCAGCGCGUAGAAUUCACACAAUUAAAAAAGAAGAAAGAAGAAAAAAGAGAAACCACUCUCUCUAAUUCCACAAAAUCUCCCGAAACAUUUUUUCCUCCCUCUUUCUUUUUUCGCUUUUCCUCCUUUUUAUCCGAUUUACUCGGACCUUUUUAUGUCAAUUUUAUCAAACUUUAUUCGCACGAAGGCGGAAUCAGAAAGCCGCGGGAGUCCUACAUUUUUUCCUCGUAAUCCGCCGCGCUUUACAGCGCUCGUACUUCGCGACGCGCGCUCGCGCCAGCAAAGAGAAGGAAAGAGACGGUGGAUGCAGGCGCAAGAUUUGUUUAUGAAAUUUAUGCUAAGUUGAGGUAUAAGAAACUCGGAUAAGCACGAGGCAGGUAAAUUCGUCUCUGUCAGUCCGUGUCGCGACGGAUAGACGACGCUCUGCGCGGUGUCGACGACGACGACUCGUUCUCUCUUUCUCUCUCACCUCCUUUACUCACCCUCAGCUUUCUCCGAUCCCUCGGCGAAUUGUGACAGCGUCGUCCGCGCCGGAAGGAUACGACGCCGCGCGGCGCGAGCGACGGCGGCGACGGCGACGAAAGAAGGCCGAGUGGGAGAGAUCGGCCGGUUAAGUGGGGACGAAGUUCCCCCGUGGUGGAGGGUGUUCGCGACUGCGGUGGAGGUGGCAGGGGCGAGCAGUGGGGAGACCUCCACGUCGCAAAGAGAGAGAGAGAGAGAGAGAGUAAGUACGGAGCUACGGUGUGCGCGGUCCGCGGCGGCAGCUUCAGUGUCGUUCCGGCCGCGGCGUCGUUCGGUCGUUUGCUGACGAAUCGCGUACCUAGCACGGUAUUCCUCAGCGUCGCGACCGAUCGUCUAUCACUUCCCGGCCUACUUUCGCCUCGGCGCGCGGUAUACGUUACUCACGAAGCGAAGAGCGACGGCGUGACGUGCCCGUCGUCUCGCUUCGUCGUGUCACGGCAGAUCUGCGAGUCUUGACCGGUCAGUCGCGCUGGGAGAUCCUCAGCGAUGAAGAUGGGCUAGAUCUGAGAAAGAGCCGCGAUUUCUGUUCUCUCCUCUCUUUCCCUUUUCUUCUCGAAACGCGUAAAGAUCGGUGGAGUAUAAUGUGUCGUGACAAGUAGGGCAGUUUCCAUCGGAUUGUUGUCGAGUGUGUCAGUGCUGGGUCGAGGUUAACUGUACGAAGAGAGAGACCGUCGUCGAGAGUGUGACAAUCGCAGCGACAGCUGGUGCUUAGCACCUGGUGGCAUCGUUCGCGGGCGCGUUGUAAGAUGAGCCCGGCCUCCCAGGGCGCCCUGGAGGUGGAGCGUUACAUCGGCAGCUGCCUCAUCUCGUCCAACGUACGCACCGGACUGCACGGCAAAGCCGCGGUCUGCAGGAAGCAGGAGCAGUCGACGAUACGUGGCAAAAGCCGUGGCUGUUAUAGCAAUGGACAGACUUAUCCCGUGGCAACUGCUGGCGAUCAGCAGUGUCAGGUGCAAUACGGUCCUGGUGGUUGGACGGGUGCGCCACUGAUAUCGAUGACGUCGAGCCCGCGCAGGUGUAAUCAACGUUCAUCGCCGUCAUUGCCUCAGCAGCAGCAGCAGCAACAAACGUGUACCGAUCAGCAGCAGCAGCAGCAACAACAGCAGAUACCACCGGCUGGUCACCUGCACAAGAGUCCUUUGUCUAGAUUGGCGAUUCAUACGCAGGGUGCGCCUUUAAUUUUAGCCGGACGGUUCUACAACCGCGGCAAAGCGCACUGCAACAACAGCAAUAGCAGCAACAACAGCGGCAGUCCAAACGGGGGCGCCAACACGCUCUGCGGCAAUAUCGGAAAUGUCGCCGGAAACUACGUUCACAACAACGCGAACCCGUCCAUGACGAGCAACGCGAAUAACGCAACAAGAUGCUCGGCGUCUCGCAUCGUCGCUCAAAGGCCGGUGGAGGCUACCCCGAAAAAACCAACGACAAUGACGAACCCCAAGACUGCUGUGAACUCCGAGUGCCCAUCUGGCGCCGGCAAAGAAAAUGCCAAUUCGUCGAGCAUCGCGAAUAUCGACUCGCUGAGCAUCGCCAGCGACGAGAGCUCCGGUUCGAACAAUUCAGAGAACAGUUUGCCGCGCAUUAUCAAACCUCGCAAACGCAGAAAGAAAGACCGCAAACCGCUCAACGUCGUCGCGAGCGGUGUCGACGCGGGUAAACCCGAAGAGACGCAGCAACGUCAGCAGCAGCAGCAGCCGUCGUCGUCGUCGUCGUCGUCUUCGUCGACAUCGUCGUCAGUCUGCAUCGCGGGCACUGUCGAGCCGACCGGUGUCCUUAUGAACGCGAAAUCGUACGUGGCAGGAGCACCUUCUUGCUACGAGCCGCGUCUUUACGAGACACCGCCGCCGCCGCAUCUCAGGAACUAUCGUAGGCCGCCGCUCGGCCACCGCGAGAACGCUUAUGGCGGCUGCAGGGCACCUUUGAUGCAGGAGGCGGCCGACAUGAGGCAGCGGUACGCGCACCACCGGCACGCGCAAGUGAAAGUGCUGGAUGAUAACCGUAACGUGGUGACGACGCCAAUGCGCGGCGCCGCGCCACCCAAGGGCUAUCGCCACUACCACGUCUCCUCCAAUGUGAACGCCAAUGGUAACUGCAGCAACAAUAACCUGUCGCGACGUUACGCCCACGAGUACGGCGAUGUCAUGACGCCGGCGACGACGGUGCCCUGCGAAGUCGCCGCCAGGGACGGCAUGGGUGCUGCUUGUCAGUGCCGGUAUUGCGACCCUUCCGGCUUAAUCUGGGACGUGGAUCGCAACGGUUACUCACCAUUCCUCACGGCGACGUCUAGCGUGGAAUACUCUCGCGGUCACUUCGGACAGAUGCCGCUGUUCCUGACACCGCCGAGUCUGCAGCAGCAACAGCAACAAGAGCGCGCGCUCGACAGACUGUUCGACGAGCAUCCACGGCCACACGACGACGUCAGGGACACCGGCGGCGUGGUGCUGAGGCGCAGCUGGAGCGACCCAACGAGUUACUUCAGCUACGAAGAGAUCGCCGCGCCCGCGAGGGACGUCGGCGUCAUCGGCGACCGGGGUCAGGCGGACAGUAGCAAACGACGAACUCCGUGGCGCGGCGAUAGCAUCGGUGCGCCCACCAGCUCGUCCACGAGCACGGAUCCGAGUGGCUUCAACGCCGCCGGUGUCGCGUCACCCAAAGGUCUGGAGGUGUCCACGGAGAUCAUCACGUCACCCAACGGUCACCGGGACCUGGAGAUCAAGUUCUACUCGUCACCGUCGCCGAACGCGCCCGUCGAACGCGAAGAGGACAAAUCGUCGAGCGCAGGAGACGACGAGGACGACGACUUUAGUGACAUUUGGAGUUACCACGAGUCCAAGUUGCAGCAAGACUUCCGUACGCUGCUGCAGGCGGAGGAGUAAUCGUCGACGAAUGUCAUCGUCGUUGUCGUUUUUGUCGUCAGUCGCGCGCGUGCAUCCGAAAGCAUCUUCGAGCGCGACUGUUCUCGCGGUCAUUCGGUCGUUCGUCGCAUUCGCUGCAGCGCGCAGUGAGAGCGAAACGAGGAACACUGAUCACGACGACGACGACGACGACGACGACGACGACGACACAGCGGCAACAGUAAGCGCGGCGAGAAGGAGAGUGCGUGGGUGCCUGCUUGAGGCCCGUCGCGGGACGGAGGAGAGUGGUUUCCACGUCAGCACGAAGGAGUGGAACGAGUUCUCGUCCGUCUUUCAUCGCGCGUCAACAUCUCGGUCGGUAGGGAACGAGGGACUUGCUACGUCGCUCUGUCUACCCGUUCCUGUUCGUCUUUCCUCUUCCUUGCUCUCGCGCACACUCAGCGUCGCUUUUCUGUGUGGUCGACGAAGGUGUCAAGACCGAGGUGCGAGUGUUCGCGCGUUGUUCUUACGAAGCAGCCACGAAACCUCGGCAAGACAGCUACUACUAUGACGACGACGACGCGACGACAAAGAAGAAGACGAAGAAGAAUAAGAAGACAAGCACCACAACGACUGGGACGACAACAGGCUCCUCUCCUCGCCGCUAACGGUGUUCGUAGUAUAACGUGACGUGACGUGCGUGCACGCGACGCGCCCGCGGAACUAUGCCGUUUCCCUGGCGCUUCUUCUAGGUGAUGUUCCGCGACUUCGACAAAGCAGAUGAUGUGUCGAUUAGAUCCGCGAGCGUGUUAGUCCCCAUAGAGGCCGGAGGAAUGCGCGCGCGUGUAUGUGUGUAUGUAGCUCUUCAUGAGUAUGCGUGCGUGGAUGCGUGUGUAUAUAUAUCGCGUAAUGCGCGUGACUCUACGUCGGUUAGGCCUCUUUACGCACGAGUUUUCGCCGUCGUAGAUUGUGCUGGUGAUGGUGGUGAUGGUGGUGGUGGUGCAGCAGCAACAACGGUCACCGGGUCCCGCAGAGAGUCGCUCGUAUAUUUAUGCAAGUGCUUGUUCCCAUUCCUCCCUCUCGUUUACGCAAGAUCCCGCUCCGAGAUCCGAAGGUGGCGAAGGAGUGCUAAUCGAAUUACUGUUGGUUAUUGCCCGGCGGAAAAGUAUUCGCGUUCUUGAGAGAAUGAUUGCAAGGUCCGCGUUACAUUUCUACUGUUUUUCUCUUCAUAUUUGCGCAAGUUUCACGAUCAACACUUCGUUCGCGAAUGCGGACUUGAGAAUUCUUUAAAAAAAGGGAACUUCGAUCGAUUGACUCGGUCGAUUCUCCCGAAAAAAAGCUUAGGUAAUCUUAGCCGGCCUAAGCAACGACGACUACGCGCGAGUCUGUAUGCACGGUUGCGGCCACUUUCUCCUCGUUUUCGUGGUUGUAGGGAGAGAUAGCCUGUGUCUGUGACUCACGACGAGAAACCACGCCGAAAAGAGGUCUCGAGGUCGAGAAACGAUGAACCAUAAGAACGCAAGGCACAAGGGACCGGCGAAGAAAUUAAAUACGAUAUUUCCGACAUUUCGUGUCUUGUCAAACAGAGAAUUGCGGAAUACUCCAUUCGCCAUGCCCUUUCGUAGACGUGGGACUACUUAUCUCUUAUCUGUCUACUGUUUCUCCACUUAUCGACCGAUUGUCCUCGCGAAUGUGAUACUGCGAGUUUUUCUCAGGAAUCAAUCACUUAUUACAUCUCGUUUUCGCGCUUUUCACGCAAACGUUCUCACGCUCGAUUACGUCUCGACCAUGCAUGAUUCUUCCCGACUAGAAAUCUAUCCCAUGGCCUUGAUCAGGUUGAUCUCAAUCAAUCGCUUGUUGCGUACAAGAUGAUGUUGGGUCCUGAUGAGUCAUGCAACGUAACAUAGCAAUCAGUACCUGAUAAUAACUAGGAUUAUUAAUUAGGACCUUGUAUGUGUGAUAUAAUGAGAAAAAGAUAGUUAAAAAUUUAUUUGUGGAGUAACAGUUCAUUUCACGAAAAUAAAUCUUACAAAUAAAUUUUCUAAUAUUUCCUUCUUGGCUCGGACCUGAUAGUAUCAAAUCAAAUAAUUUAUUUUAAUAAUUUAUUAGUUAAAAUUGAACUUUCCGCAUACCAUGUUGAGUCUAUGAGAUCCAGACGAACACUAGAUUGCUCACCAACCUUCGCAAAGGGUCUGGGACCCUUCAAAAUUUCAAAAUAGUGUAAAUCAGUUUGUAGAUUAUUAUAUUCCAUUUCUAUCUUACAGCCAACGUUGUUUUAUACACCUGGAAAAAAUGUGUCCAAAAAGAUUGAUUUUUAACAAGAUUAUGAUAGUUCAAAGUUGCCUGAAUUUGACAAACCUAGAUUGUGUCCUAAAAAAUAUGGUUGUACGUGGAUUGAUCAGAACCAUGGAAUAAAUUUCUAAUUGGACGUGUCUAGAAAGUUAUCUUCCUUGACUCAUGUGAUUGUCCAACACACAACACGUUAAAAGUUCGUCUUUGGUAUGAACUUUGCUUUCUGGUUGCUCAUGCAUGCAAUAACAUUCAUGGUUUCGACAAGGCGUCGAUUUUCUGUAUUGUCAGUCUGCGAGAGGUCAAUACAUGAGUCAAGAGAGCUCAAACGUCGCUUCACGCGUGAUCGCAAAUGCUCGACGGUGCUUAUGAUGACGCACGCUGACACGGCGACGGGCGUAAACGUCGGUCGACGAAAACACAACGCGACGAGACGAAGUUGCAGUCGGCGCGGUUUCUCGGCGUGCGACCAUAUCGCGUCGAAGGGUUUUAAUCGCGAGAGGGUCAAGCGCGCAGCAACACUUGCGAUACACACACACACACACACGCACGCUUUUUCUCGUUGCCGCGCAAGACGAGUAGCGACGACGUGACCGUUUAAAACGUAACGUAGCAAUUAAUCGGAGGAACGAUGAACGGUCCGCCGCCACCGCCGCCGCCGUCGCCGCCGAUCGUAAUCGACGUCUGCGCCUUCUUCCUCGCCUCUCCUCUCGCGCCGAUCGCGGCGAUAGUAGGUCGAACUGUUUCCCCUAGCACAGGAGAGAAUCUCCUCCUUUCUGCCGCGUCCUCCUCCUCUUCUUUCUCUCGUCGUCGUUUUCUUCUUCUUCUUCUUCCUCGGAGAGCAGCCGAAGUCUGCCUCUCGCGUGAAAGGAGCUACCGUCCGUAUUAGUAACUGCGUUUAAUCGCGCGCUAUCGCCGCGUUUUAUCGGAUAACUCGACUCGCCGGCGCGGCUCGCAACGGUCCAGUGCCGGACUUCAGCAGCCGCCGAUAACCGCGGCUCGAGCCCGAGUUUGUAACAUUGUUUCAUGCGUCCCAUCUCUCUCGUCGCCAAGCGCCGUUUACCGUUCGCUAAAUAACGGCGGGGUAGAUAAACGCGUUAUUGAUUUGUUGUAUCAAUACCUGAGAAGUGGAGCUGCCUCGUCGUUCCGCUUCGGCUCGCGGCUGGAAGGGAUAUAUUGUCAUACGUUCCGUUAACGGAGACGUCCAAAUCGACCGGCGUCGAGGAGGAUCGCAAGACCGAUCGUGAGUUUCCCCAGUAGUACGUUCACCUGAAUGUUGGCUCGUGUAAACAAGUAAUCUCGGCUUUUCGAGAUAAAAUAGAAUGAUAUUUUUAGUGAAGCAAGGUAAUAGCAAUAUACAAUAUUAUUUCAACAUUUUUUGGCAUUGAACUUUCUUAUCGAUGAAAAUCCACUUAAGAGCAUUCAUUGUACAUUAUUUAAAGUAUCUUAGCAAAAAUUCGUGGCAAUAGGAAAACUUUAGUGGCGUGGGUAGUAUUCGGAAGUUCAUUUUUAUGAAUUUUUAAUUAAUAAUUAUAAUUUUUCGUUAUAAUUUUCUAGAACAAUGUAUACACUAUUUUGAUCUAUGAUCAUCAUCACAUUCGUACGCAGCGUCUCAUAAAAUUACAACAUAAAAAUAUGAUUAUUAAACUUUAGGAAAAAUUCCUGAGAAAUUCGAAAUUACUUGUCAUACAACCCAACACAUAAGAUUAAAUCGUGGCCAAUAUAAUUUCACAUUUAACUCUUGGCGAAACAUAUGAAUACGUCCGACUAGCGGAGUCUCAGCACUGAAUAAUUUAUUCCUUCCGCCUUCCAGAGUGAUAAAACGGAUCGAUUACACACAGCGUGCUCUUAAUUCACACACAUACACACACACUCAUUUAACGAAAUCGGAUUCCAUUCCCACCGAGUUGCAAUAUUCGUCAGCGCGAUAACAUUCGCGUAAGAGAUCCGCCGUCCUGCGUCUUAUUAGAUAAGGGAGAGUAAUUUUCGCGAAAUCUCCCAAUGCGGAAAUUCAGUCGAUUGAUCGAUCGGCCCAGCUUCGCGCGAGAUCCACUAUCGCGCCGAUCGAGAUGUGACGGGUCGAGAGGAUGGAAGGCGCGGCAGAGGAAUUACCGGACUCGCGGCGGACAGAAUCAGGCGCGACCCGGGACUAUAUCUACAUUAGCGAAAGGCCAUCGCGCAGAUUUACACAGAGCGUAGAACGUAAACGUAGAAGCGCGUCGGCCGGUCACACGCGCGUACACACAGACUCACAAUAUACAUCAGCCACGCACACGAGCAUACCACGUUGGCUGGAGCGCGGAGAGUCGCGUCGUGAUAGGUCGACUCGUUCCUCUGUAAAUCUGCGCUCGAUGAUCGAGAGCCUCGGAGGCCGACGAAUCCUGCGAAUCCUCGUCGUUUUGUAAGCGAUAUACGAACACUACACCACCUGUCCCCCUUCCGCCCCGCGUUAAACACGCGAACACACAUUUUAUCACGAGCCACCAACAUCGUACACACCACAUAUAUACACUAUAUAUACAUCGCAUACAUACCACAUGUACAACCAACCCAACCACCCAUCGUUAGACGUAAGUCUAGAAUUUAAGGCGAUCCAUUUAGAUUUAUCUUCGUUGUCUAUAUGUGUAUAGAAGAAAUCGUGCGAGGACGGUCGGUCCGCCUCUCACGAUUACGGAGCGCGCCGGAAAAAGAGGACGACGAUGACGAUGAUGACGAGGCAUCGAUCCGGGGAUACAAUCGUGCGAAUGUUUUUUUUUUUUUUCGUGUAAUACGCGCAUUUCAUUUUGGAGAAACGGAGGGUGAAGGAACAAGCGAGAGAGAGAGAAAGAAAGAGAAAGAGAGGUAUCUCUCUUUCUCUCCUUCGCGGUAUGUCUCUCAACGUAAAAAAAGUUCGUAAAGAUCGAAUGUGAGUAUUGUAUUAUCUUUCUCUCUCUCUCUUUUGUUGUAAUAGAGUAUGGUUACAUAUAUAUUGCGAUAUAUACGAUAAUUAUAUACAUAUACUUAUAUAUAUAUACAUAAACACACACAUAUAUAUAUACAUAUAUAUAUUACGAAUGCGAGAGCAGCGAUCGGCGAUGGAAGCGGCAUUGGCGCUCGGGUUGUCCAAAGUGUACACGGAGAAUAAUUCAUGAAUAUUUAUAGCUGCCGUUUCUCCAAAAGGAAAAGAAAAAGGGGAGGAAACGCGCGGGCGCGCAUUAAACUAGGAGAAACCGAUGAAAUCUUGUUAGUAUUCAGUGCACUCAGUGCGCUGGGCUACGAAGGGCAGGCCGUAAAAAUUCCCCGUCGACCACGACGACGACGACGACGACGACCACAACGACGGAGAGAAUCUCCGUUUAGGCUAACGGGUGUGCGCUUUGUGCCGAGUUCGACGUACGUAUGUACGAACGAACGAACGCGACGAGCGUGUUCCCGGGCGAAGAAUGAUAUUAGCAAUAUUUCUCUCUUGCCGGCUCGCACCUUGCGUGGCAAGUUUUAUUGCCAAGUGGCGACAGAUAAAUAUUGUCCUUGGCUCCUUGUUAAGGCAGCGCGCGCGCGCGACGCAUCGAUGCAUAAUCAUGCGAUGCGUGCGCGAGGAAAUCGCUUGAGAGGGAAAGAAUGAGCGAGCGAGUGAGUGGAUGAAUGAACGAGAGACGGUGAGAGAGAGGAAGGCAGAAAGAGCGAGCGAACCGCUGCUUUAAUAACAUCGUCGUCGAUAUUUUUCCUCGGGGAUUCUUAUUGGUCGCACGCGAGAGAGGCCUGUCGCGAAUGUUCGCUCGUGUUUCAUCCAAUCGCGCGAUGCGUUCUUCGAUGCCUCGUAUGUAUGUGUCUGUCUGUUUGACUGGAUGCGUGCGUGCGUGUGCGCGCGCGCGUGUGUGUAUGUGUGUCGACGCGAUUUUCGAUUGCAUUUGAACGCUGUCGCACGGACGCGCUGUAUGAACGCACCAACUGCACGGAGGUGAUGCGUUGGGAAAGAGAAAAAGUGAAACAGGCCAGAGCCCGCAUUCAAGUCGGCCGACGACGAGUGAGAGCCAGUUUUAAGAUUAAAGCCGUAAAAGCGCGCUAUCUUCUUUUCUCUCUCUCUCUCUCUCUCUCUCUUUGUCUCUCUCGUCUGAGCGCGCAAAUGGUCUCUCGUAUUAAGUACGGUAGCGUAUGGUCGAGUCGAGUGCACGAGUCGCACAGCAAAUUUGAAUGAGAGAAUUAAAGGAGGGAAAUUAUAGUCUUGUAGGUCUUCGCCUACUAGCGAAGGAUUCGCAGAUUUACGAGUCGUCGUCGUCGUGGCUUUUGCUGCUGCACAAACGUUUCCGCGCAAUUUCACCCCGGCCGCCUUUUCGUCCGAUUUAAGUGCGGUUCCGCUUUGAUAACUGGAUGGUCGAGCUCUUCUCGCAGCGCUUUCGUUGCUCGUUCUCGUCGUGAUGUUGUGAAAAUACGCGGUUCCUAUAACGCACUCCAACGACGACGAGAAGCACGCGACGAGCUUAGUGACAGAAUUUUGUUCUCGGCAGAAAAUGAUAAUAGCGCGGCAAAUACGCGUCUGCCGUUACCUCUUUCUUCCGUGAGGCAAGGUGUCUCGGCUCGGAGAGGUUCGAGUGUCCUCUCGAACGCUUGGAGAACUACGACGAUGACGCUCCGGUGUUAGCCGUGGAACAUGUUACGGACAGUUCUCUGGCGAUGCAUCAGCGGAUCCGACCUAAUUUAUUUGCCGUUGCAGCGCCCAAGAAAUUUGUCAAGACGCGCGAACGCGAAUGCCGCGCUCUCGGGGCAAGUGAAGUGUGAAUACACGAACAAAUGAGAAAAGCGAAAGAAUGAUGAUACGCUUGUGUUUCGGAGACUGAAAGAAAAGCAAUCCCAUCAUCGUCGGGCACGCUCUCGAGGAGCUCCUCGUCACGCGCUACUUCCCGGAAGUCGCUGUGGUAUACGUAUGGGAAACCGGAAAAACAGGAAGAGAGUAUAUUUUUCUUUGGCAAACGCCGUUGCUUCGAAACCUAAUGCUCGCGAUUUUUAUUUCUCUCCGCCUAAUAGCCGGGAGAAGAACGGGCCGAAGAACGGCGAAAGUAACCGCGGCGAAUGUCGGAUAAAUAGACCCGCAUAGAAAAUUUGGUAGGAUCUAAUCCAGUCCAACUUGAUAAAGAAAUUAUAGAUUCUGGUUGUAAUGUUUCAAAUAUGCGAUUCUAAGUAGGGGAAAUCCAAAAUUUCCUAAUAUUUUUUCUCUAAUUUUCAUUUUACGGAAGGAUUGAAUAAAACAUCGAUUUUACAAAUUAUUUUAUUAUUCGGCAAAAUACUCAAUGUGUUCUUAAAAUAUUUCAUCUUCUGGUAUUUUAUCCACACACAAGUUAGCAUAUAAAUGGGAUUUGAUAUCAUAAAAGUGUACUGACAUUACCAACUGAAAAAAGCGCAAGUUUUCAUAUACUUUUUUGAUUCUAGACAGAGAACCUACAUUUCCAAUUGGUAUUAUUGGGAGGUAACCAAUUCUGUAGGGCAAAUUUGAACAUUCCAGUUAUAAUCUAUGCUGCAUUUGGAAGAAUUCUGAGAAAUUUCCUAUGCGAGAAGCGAAAGGAUUUUUUACGAAAAUAAUGGAAACACAGAAGGCUUUUAAUGAGGUCGAAACGUUCGGCGCACGUCGCGCGACAACUCGAAUAUGUGUAUUUACAAUUAAGGAGAGAUAGGUAUUACGAUGUAAAAUAUCACACAGAGAAUUGUACACACGUAGGCUCGCCGGAUCGUCGACGCACGUUUGUUCUCGCUGCCCGGCGAACGUCUCCUCAAGUUUCUCGACGUCGCUUUUCCCGACCGCCCGAUGUGAUCACUUUUAGAAAAAUCGUGCUUUCCGCCUGAUCUGAUCUCUGACGAAGACAGAGGGAGAGACUCGAAAACAGCCGAAAUGGUGGGAGUUCGCGCGGUGUUUAAUAACAAUUCUCACGGUAUCUCUUUUACUAUUUCUCUCUGUCUCUCUCUCUCUUCCUCGCUCUUUAUCCCAAUAUUUCGUUCCCCAUGUCGGCCGUCAUUUUGAUUCUCUCGCCCUCCUGCUUCUCCUUUAUGUAUUUAUUUCACUCAUUGUCGAUUGACGUUAAUAACGUAUUGUGAUAAUGCAACGAUAUGACACAUGUACACUCAUACGCCGAUAUAUACAACACACACACACGUAUACAUACAUAUGUACAAACACACAACAGAGACUCGGCUCCGCUUCGUCGUAAUAGACUGAUCAACCAAGCCGACCUGCCAGCGUUGCCCAUAGUGCUAUGCUGCACUAACUCGAAAUCACACUGUUUGAAGGAAUCAAUAAAAAUGUCUUUAAUUUA